GUCCGUUGACUUCCUUAUAAACGACAUGUCGUUCUAAUCGAUGAACGAACCUGUCGUUUUGCACAAAACGACGACGUUUGAUUGGAAGACAUGGGAAACCUUAGCGAAAACAGGCUAGCAAAUAUGAUGAUCUGGUCCCAUUACUGCCAAACAAUAAAUUGAGUCUGAGAAGCCAACUCUCCGAACCCUUAAAUUAUCUUCGUAUUAAUAUCACCAAUUCAUUUUCAAAUUCGAUUAGGUUGAUCACAACGAACCGAAACCUAAUCCAAGAUCUCUAUUCCCGCACCAAAAAAUGAGUUACGAUCCUCCACCUGGGUACGGAUCCGGAUAUCAACACCAUCAUCAUCAUCAACCACCGCCUCCACCGGGAUAUCCAUCAGCGCCGCCUCCUCCAGGGUAUCCGGGAUACCCACCGCCACCGCCUCCGCCUCAUCAGGCUCCUCAGUACGAAGGGUAUCAGGGGUAUUUUGGAGGAGGAGGGUAUCCACCACCGCCUCCUCAACCCCAGCCGUACGAUCAGCACUGUCACUACGAUCACCACCAUUACCAAGAACGCCAUGGUUGUCUUUCGUUUCUCCAAGGCUGUUUCGCUGCCCUUUGCUGCUGUUGUAUGUUAGAAGAAUGCUGCUGCUGUCUGUGGUGAAUUAAAAUGCAAGUGACUAUCGGUUCAGCGCUUUCUUUCUGCUCUUGGUGUUGUGCUAGAGGUGUUCAUCUAAAGCUAAAUUGUUUUAAUUAUUAUGUACUGAGUGUUGCUGUUAUUAACCUCUUUGAGUUAUAUUGAAGAGGUUUUGUGACAUUGUUUAUUGGGGAUUCUUCAUUCCCCCGUUAUUUUUGUGCAGUUGUGUGUAAAAACGCUUCAUUAUUAGCAGUAGUGCAUGAUAUCAGACAUUGCUGGA